GACCAUUGCUCACUACCGCCGCGCGUCAGCAAACUGCAACACAACUGCACGCCUCGCAAAAACCGGAAUAUACCUACCAAGCCGCCGCAAGUGAAUGGCACGGCUGCGGGGUCCGAAGUGGAAUAUAUGAGCGAAAGAAAGGGUUUACAACGGGGGAGAGACUGAAUUUCCAGCGCCGUUGAAGCCGCACGUUGUUUUGUGCUUAGUGUUUUUUCCACUUUACAGCGACUCAAGUAAAAAUUAACCAGCGCGCCUGCUACUUCUGCUCCUCCUAGCCGAAACUCCCGUAAAGUUUAAAUAUUCCCACCCGCCUCUGUCCACACUGGAUGUGUUUAUCUCACUGGAAUUACUGACCACCCUCUCCAAGUCCAGCUGUAUUCAAUAUCCAAUGCCAAGAGAUGCCCGGGUAAAUGUUCUCUAUGGUUGAACCUUGGAAAAGGAUGAUUUAUUCCAACUGAUUGUUCUCUGGAGCAUCAGGACCAUGUGGCAAUCCCCUCAGGACGCCUGGGGUUUACAUUCCCUCCUGAGCCUGUUUUGAAGCUUUGUGCACAAGCAUCAGGACUAGAGGAUGACUGAGGCGUUCCCCUCCAUCGUCAAAACACAUCUCAUGCCAACACCAGGCCAGCCUACAUCAAAGGAUUUCCCAAACUGAGACUUUCAUUGUAAUUUUCCCUUUUUUUUUGUUUAGUGUUUCUUGUUUAAAAUCCGAGUGACUUCUAAGGAGCAGACAGAGUGCAAACACGUUCCUCUCGAGCUGCAGGAGUGGAGUAAAGGCUCAUGUGUAACAGGACAGUCUCUGCAGCCAGCGGAAUAACGUAGCCUCAGACUGUUGGGGAGUUCCUCCCUCAGGGGCCGAGGGAUCCUACCCCAAACACCAAACUGCCCCGUCGUCUGACUCUCCCACCUGUCAAAAGGCAGACCCCGCUAUCCAAUGGCAUGGGUCAAGUUCUUCAGGAAGCCGGGGGGCAAUCUUGCCAAAUCCUACCAGCCGGGGAGCAUGCUGUCUCUAGCCCCCACCAAAGGCCUGCUGAACGAGCCGGGCCAAAACAGCUGCUUCCUCAACAGUGCCGUGCAGGUGCUGUGGCAGCUGGACAUCUUCAGGCGAAGCUUGAGGCAACUACCUGGACACUUCUGUCUUGGAGAUUCGUGCAUCUUUUGUGCACUGAAGGGCAUUUUCUCCCAGUUUCAGCAUAGUCGAGAGCGCGCCCUGCCCUCUGACAACCUGCGUCACGCCUUGGCAGAGACCUUUAAGGACGAGCAGCGCUUCCAGCUGGGCUUCAUGGAUGAUGCCGCAGAGUGCUUCGAGAACAUUCUGGAGAGGAUCCACCUGCAUAUUGUGCCUGAGGAGACAGAUGCCUGCACUUCAAAGUCAUGCAUCACGCAUCAGAAGUUUGCUAUGUCACUUUAUGAACAGUCUGUGUGCCGUAGCUGUGGGGCAUCCUCCGACCCCCUGCCAUUUACUGAGCUGGUGCAUUAUGUCUCCACUACCGCCCUCUGCCAACAGGUGUAUCAGCGCAGAGACGAGUCAUUUGGGGAGCUGUUACAAGCAGCGAGCACCAUUGGGGAUCUUCGUAACUGUCCGAGUAACUGUGGCCAGAGGAUUAAGAUCCGGCGGGUCCUCAUGAACUCCCCAGAGAUUGUUACCAUCGGUUUUGUCUGGGACUCGGAGCAGUCAGACCUCACAGAGGAUGUUAUCCGCUCACUGGGACCUCAUCUCAAUCUUUCUGGGCUCUUUUACAGGGUGACAGAUGAGCACGCCAAAAAGGGAGAGCUGCUGCUGGUUGGGAUGAUCUGCUACUCCAGCCGUCACUACUGUGCCUUCGCCUUCCACACCAAAUCCUCAAAGUGGGUCUUCUUUGACGACGCCACAGUGAAGGAGAUUGGAUCCAGGUGGAAAGAUGUGGUCUCCAAAUGUAUCAAAGGUCACUUCCAGCCUCUCCUCCUCUUUUACUCCAACCCUGACGGGAGCGCCAUCACUGUAGAUGACGCCUCACGCCAAAACAGUGGCCAGUCCCACUACAAGACCCCUGUUAACGGAGAAGGCUCCGAGUCUCCACCUCUAGCCCCCAACAAGCUCGACCUCACCAGGGAGAACCUCAACACUCUGCUGGGCCAAGGCUCCUUCAAACAGAAGGCCCCUUCAACUUUGAGCAGGAGCAGUGCUCAGACCAGCGGGGGACGAGGACCAGUGAAGAUUGGCAUCAGUGAUCCCAAGAGUCGCCUCAGGGAGAUUUCCAGAGAAGUUGCCCGACGAGCAGGAGAGGUCCGGGGGAUGCAUCCAACCAGAAGAGAGCCUGAUAGGAGCGGCCAGCGGAGGCCAGAGUCACGCUACAGAGAUGCAAUUCAAGAGAGAACCUACUCUCGCUCUGCCUCCCCUCCCGAGAAUGGCUUCAAGCAAUACCUGGACACUCGACUUUAUAGCAGCCAGGGCAAAGGUCCCACUCGGACAGAGCGAACACCACAGCUGGGAGGGCGGUCCUCCCAUGAACCUCGCUCUCACUCAAGGGUGCAAGUGCUCCCCAGUGUUCCCAGCAGUGGCAGCGGCCACCAUAGCCGUAGGCUAGACCAUCUGUCAAAUGGAUAUGACACAGACAGCAGCCAGGAUUCACGAGAGCGUCCUGGAAGCGCAGCGAACAGCCGUGGAAACAGGUCUAGUCGACCAUGGAAGCCCAUGCGGGAAGCGCUAAAUGUCGACAGUGUCUUAAGUGGCGUUGGUGGUGGUAAUUCGGUAAGCCAGGAUCGCAGGCACCAUAGCCCCCGGAGGAGGCCCAGUAGUCAGUCACCCUCCCGUGAGCGAGAUCGAGACUUCACAUGGGGAGGCCGAGAGGAGCGCAAACCCAAAAGCCUAAUGACUAUCUAUGAGGAUGAGCAGAGGAAUGAAACUGGCGGCAGCCGAAGCUCACUAGAUUCAGUUGGCCGGGGUGGCUACAGUGACAAGGACAGGUCAAAAGGUUCAGCUACCCUUAAAGUCCGCAGUGACAACUGGAAGAUCCAGCGGACUGAAUCUGGGUACGAAAGCAGUGACAGGCUCAGCAAUGGUUCAGCAAACCUUGACUCUCCUGUGGUGGAAAACCUCUCUUCCAAAGAGCUGAGGCCCAUACCUGAGCUACAUCUGACCAGGGAUCCCUUUGCUCAAAGAAGAAGUGAUGAUUUGAAGUCUGAUGUUCUGCAUUCCUCCUUUUCCUACGGUGAUCAUGCAAGAAAUUCUCCAGAUCUUCAAGACUCAAACUUCAAACUAAGUCAACACUUACAAAGAAGAAGUGCUUUUCGAUACACCCCCGGGAUACUGGAGCAUAACGACGGCCAGGAUAGUGAACAAGAGGAGAACGUUGACGGCAGCCCUGUGAGCCCUGUGCCCCCUUACAUAGCAAAAACCAGCAGCUCAGAGUGGAACAGCUCAGAUGAUCUUGCUGGCCCCCUCUCUGAACAAGAAGACACAGCCACUGUCCCCUACAAAGAGCCCUCGCAUAACAGCCCCCCACCUUUACCUCCCAAGCCUUACGGCCGCGGGCACCAACAGUUAGAGGUGCCGUCACGGACGAGCCCCCGGAAUGAACCUAAAAACGGCUUGUCUUCCCUCUCGCACACCACCCUCCGCCGGUGGAUUGAGACACCUGCCGAACACAAACUCUCAUCAGAUGCCAGCUCUAAGUCGGGCUCGUCCGACCAGGACAGGAACGAUCUGUCAGCCAGCGAGAGCGACGAGAGGUUCCCCAGUCCGAAGCCCAGUGACGAUGAUGGCACCGACUCCCCGGCUUCCACAGAUGUGGCUCUUCCCACCACAUACUUUUCUGUAGAUAACUGCAUGACAGACACGUAUCGAGCCAAAUACCAUAAGAGGCCAGUCAUGUACAUGGUGACAGAUCUGAAAGGAGAGGAGCGUCCUUCAUCAGGGGAGAGUGAUGUUGAGGGGAAGAUGCUUCCGAUGCCAGAUGUCCAACCACCAGAGCCUCCAAAAAGCAGAUCAGAAUCAGGUUAUGCUACUAGUAAAACUACUGCAAAGUGGAAUCCCGUUACUCCAAAAGGACUUGAUGAGCAUGGAUUCUUAUGAUUUUUAGCUGAAGCACCAAGGGACCUUGUAUGAACCAGUGACUGGAUGUCAGGUUGAACUGUUACCUAUUAUGAUAUGCUACACGAUGAGAAUACUUCAAACUUGGAUGUGUUUUUGCCUCUAUAGCUGUCAUUUUAGAGAACUGGACAUGAAUCUAGAUGCCAAAGAGAUUGGUCCUGUUGAAUACUGUUGAAAUCAGUGGAAGCGGUCCUUGCUAGCAGCGCUCUCUAGCUGUUCUGGUAUGAGCUACUUAGUAGCUAAUUUUCAAUUUGCACAGUAGAAAGAGCCAAAAAAAAAAAAAAAAAAAAAAAGUACAGAGAAACAAACACUCUUCGGAUGUUGCUGUUGAUCGUAUCUGGACAUGUUGGAAGUCCCUGGCCAAGGGUCGGAUAA